GACGAAGCAAGUGGAGACUGGGACGCCAACUAAUUCUCCACCGAACGUAUCUUCAGCACCCCAGAUGCCAGAGAGAUCGGUGUCUCCAGACAGGGUGCCCAACAUCAAGAUCUUCUGUGAGAACUUUCAGGAACUCCUCAGUAAGAUGGUUUGUCCCAGCUGUGAAGAGAUACUGACGUCACCCGUCCAGAUCUGCGUGUCCGGCCACUCUUACUGUGGCAAAUGCCUGCCUCUGUUAACCCUAUGCUUGAUCUGCUUCAAACCUCUGACCAAAACACAAAACCGAAACGUGAUGAAGAUACUGAGUUUGGCGUCAUUCAACUGCCCGUGGAAUCUGAUCGGCUGCGUGGCCAUGAUGCCCCUGUCCGCUAUUACAGAGCAUUACAAAUACUGCCAUUUCAUGCUGCUUACAUGCCCAGCUAGUCGUGAAAAGGACACGUACUGCGCAUGGCAGGGCAUCAAGAUGAAUCUGCCUUCACAUAUCAAGACUCACGAACACCAACAGCUUUCAGUAGCACAACCUUUCCUCGUUGAUUCGUGCCGUGUGUGGCCAGAGAAGAUACUGCGUCUGUUCCUGCUUUACGAGGAUGAGAUAUUCACGUAUUACAGACUUGUGUUCGAAGAUACAUGGUACAGCAUGGUGCACCAAGUGGGGCUAACGCGUCGGAAGUUCGAGAGCGCCUUCAAAUUGGACGGCGCCAACGGCAAGGAUCGCAUUCGCAUGACAGUACCUGUACCC